AUGGCUGCUCGACCUGACCUCUUCACUCUACGCCCUCCUACUCACGAUGUUUCCCCGGACGCGACUCACGAAAUUGCUGGUACUUGGGCUGCUGACAGGGUCGGUGACCUCACAGGAGAUUUGGGAUGUGUCGAAGAUGCGAAUGCAGCGGGUUUGAGCUACCUCCGCAUCCCCCUUGGAGCUUCCGACUUUGCUGCUUCACGUUACUCCUUCGACGAUGUUGAUGGUGACACCUGCCUGAACGACUUCGAUAUCAACAACGCCCCGCCAUAUCUAUUUUCAGUACUGAGCGAUAUCCAAGCCAUCAAUAGCAUGCUUCGGGUUCACCUGGUGCCUUGGUCUCCACCCGCCUGGAUGAAGACAAGUGGGACGAUGAAUGGAGGUUCUCUCAAACCAGAAUACGCCGAACUCUAUGCCCAUUACCUCUUGAAAGCCCUGCAAGGCUUUAAGGGGAAAGGAAUCACUGCGUAUGCUAUUUCAAUCCAGAAUGAGCCGGGUCACGACAAUCCGACCUACCCUACGGCCCGAUUAUCUGUCGAAAUGGAAGCUCAGGUUGGAAGGAUCCUCAAGGGCCUUAUGAGAGCCAAUGGCUGGUCUGGGACCAAGCUAAUUGGCUACGACCACAAUUGGGACAAUGCAGGCACCUAUCCUGUGCAGCUGAUGCAACAAGCUGCUGACGUCUUCGAUGGGGUCGCUUUCCAUUGCUAUGCAGGGUCAGUUGGUCAGCAAGACCUCUUCAACAGAGCGUUCCCUAUCAAGAAUGUUCCGGCGUUCAUGGCUCGGAUUGGUGGACCGACCUUAAGUUUCAUUGGUAACGUCCCCCCCUUGAGCGCGAUACAACAUAAUGCCCGAGCGGCGCUGAUGUGGAACAUCGCUUUGGACGACAAUGGAAACCCAAAGAUACCUGGGACGGCCAGCUGUGGCGGACCAGGAUGUCGGGGCAUCGUGACCAUCAACAACGACGGGACGUGGAGUGUCAAUCAAGAAUGUAGUUUGAGCUGGGCUCUCCGUGUGGGUGCCUACGUCACUUAUCGUGCUAAAUCAACGGAUUGGCUUCGUUAUUCGCUUGUGGUGCUCAACUGGAAUGACUCUGUCGGCGGAUGGAACCCUCAAGAUGUUACGGCUACGAUCGAGUUCCGUGGAAAGAGGGUGACGUUCACUUUCCCGGUUGGAAUUACGACCUUGUGGUGGUACGCUCCAUCGAUUGCGCGGAACCCUGGAAGGCAUUUUGAAGAACGCGAAAUGGAGGUGUUUGUGGAACAUAAUGGAACUAUCACGUCGUUUGUUGGCUUUCAGAACUGA